UCUGUUUUGGAUUGUCAAUCUACUCAUAUGUGAACUUCCUAGUUUGUCCAGAUCAGAUUCUGGAAGAUUCAUAAAUUUUGAUUCAAGUUGUAGUAUUUUUUGGUCAUCGGAAGUGCUCGCUGAAGUUGGAAAUAAAGGUUUUCCUCUAGAGCCUUGAGCUUCGAGCAAGGUGCAUGCGUGGGCACAUAAGGCGUGUUCCUUGUGAAUGUUGCCUGCCUCUCUCCUGUUGAGGCGUUAGGGUUUGAGCUUGGUAAGUCUUCAGUCUGAGGAAUGCCUGUGGUCCGCUUCUAAUAACAAUGGUUGAUACACCACCAGAUAUACUGGUAGUAUCAAAAUUUAAGGAGCACUUUGUGGGAGCAAUGGUUGAAGAUCAUGAGACGGGAUGCUGGGGUUGUGGACUGCGCCUUCUUCUUCCAUCUUAUUCACCUAUUUUUAAGUGUGGCUGGUGUGGAGCAAUAACAACUCAAAAUGAACGAAAAUGUGAGACCAAGUAUCUUUGGUGGAGACAUGCACGUGACCGUUGCUUCGUAUGUGUCCUCCUCGGCUUCAUGCUUUUUGUAAUAUGUGGUGGUGUCUGGGCUGUGUACCCUGUUGUUUUCUCCAUCAGCUAUUUCUGUGGAAUUUUCCACUCAAGCAUAACUGUGAUCUUGUCUAUGAUUACUCUUUCAAUGUUUAGUCUUGCGGCCUUUAACUCUCCUGGAACACCACCUAUCAUAGAGUGGGGUAGCUACCCAGUUGUGGGAAAAGGUUACCUUGAGAAUUACACUUUCUGUCACUAUUGUUCGAAGCCAAAAUCGCCUAGAGCCCAUCACUGCAGUUCAUGUGGAAUGUGCAUAUUGGACAUGGAUCAUCACUGCCCUUUUAUUGGAAACUGCGUGGGCGCAGGAAAUCACCGAUACUUUAUCGCCUUCCUUGUAUCAGCUGUUGUCAGCACAAUAUAUGUUUCAAUCAUGUCUGCAUUUGCAGUGUGGCAUAUAUGGCCACCAUUACCGACCAGAUCUCUAGGCGAUUUAAGUGGGAUGAACAGUUAUAUGGCAUGGAGAAUAUUUAAAGAACUUAUUUUCGCAUUGCUAAGCUCUGCGCUGCUGCUGUCCCCAAGAGGGCUUGUUCUUGUUUAUCUGUUCUUUUCUAGUGUUUCGGUGGAGAUGGGAUUGAUUGUGCUUCUGUUGCAGCAGCUGUGUUACAUAUACCAGGGGAAAACUUAUAUAAGCCACUUGAAUUCCCAAGGGGGUGAUGAGGCUGGAGAAAAAGAUUGCAAAAAUAUUUUACGUUUCUUUGGUUGCCCAUACACUGUUUCAAGAUACUUGCCUAAUGUUUGGAACACUCCUAAGAGACAUAACAAGUGAACGAAUUCUUAGAGAAUAUCAUCUUUUGCUUUUCCUUGUAAA